UAUCUUAAUUAUGGCAAAAUGGAAAGACAGUUUCUUUUAUCCGGGUAAGAUUGCUUCACCUGAAAAGAAUGGCAAAUAUUUGGUGAAGUUUGUUGAUGGUGAUAAAUUGUGGGUGAAAAUUAACCAAAUUCUUUCAGUCACGUAUCUUCCGCAUGGACAGAAUGUGAUGGUACAGUCCGAUGAUGGUUUUUUUGAUUCAGGCAUGAUAAUAAAUUAUAAAUAUAAUGGAUCUGAUUCCGAUGAAGACGUUUUAUAUCAAGUUCAAAUGGACGAUUCUAAAAUUGUUGAAUGUUCCAGGAAACAAGUAAUUCUGUCUGAAGAUCAAGCUGGGCUCAUGUUAUCUGAUGAAGAUUUUUUGCUUAUGCCUGGUGUGCUAUCUACACCAGUUCCAUCAGGAGCUGAUGUUAGUUUAGAUAAUUUGGUUGAUGGAUCACGGCGUUCAGCCAGUCGGAAAGUUUUAUCUGAAAAUGAAAAAACUAAGAAAUUGACAAGAAUGGAACCACAAGCAAUGAGUACACCAACUCAUAAAAGAAAAGCAUCUGCCUUCAAAAAAGAUUCUGAUGUCAGCAUCUGCCAUAUUGGAGCUGCUAUUGCAUCUCCCAAACAUAAUUAUGAAGAAACAAAUCGACGUGCUAAAAAAGAACUCUUUGAUGUUGUCAAGGGACCUGUUCCAAAGAAGUCACUUUUCAGUGCAAUGAAUUUCUUGCUCACUUACACUGAAAAAUCACCCGAACAAAAGUUAAUCGACAAGAAAUUACUUCAUGAAUUCUCAUCUGAAAGUUCAAACAAUUUAUCUAAUUCUGACUUAGGAGUUGAACCUAAAGUUCCCUUCGAUAAAAACCAUUUACGGAUCCAACUUGAAACAGGUGGAGGACAAGUUUUUAGUUGCUGGCACAAAGAUUUUCUGUCUCUUCAUAAAACAAGUUUUGUUGUGUCCAAUACUUACCAGAGAACUGUCAAAUACCUUCAAGGACUUGCAGCUGGUAUUCCUUGUAUAUCUCAUUUGUGGGUGAGAGAUUGUUGUAAGCAGGGAACAUUUUUAGAUUAUAGAUCAUACCUAUUACAGGCUGGCAUAAGUAUUACAAAAAAGUCUCUUAUGGAAAGCAAAAUGAAAGCGAAAUGUUUGGAAGACUUAGAAAUCUUAGUGACUUCAAAUCAAAAGGAAUUUGUCAGUAUUUGGUCUGAGAUUCUUACAAUUGCAGGCUGUAGAAUUAUAAAGAAAUUUAGAAAAACUAAAGGAUCUAAUAAAUCUGUAGAUGCAGUCAUCACAGACGGAAGCUGUUCACCUGAUAUAAUUGAACAAGCAGACAGUCAACACAUUCCUCUAUUGUCGACAGAGUGGGUUAUACAAUGUUUAAUUCAUGGACAAAAAGUUGCUUUUGAUGGUCACGAGAAAUUUGCUUAUAAUUAUGAAGAAAAUGACUAGAUCAUAUUAAAUCAUAUUUUUCACACUAAAUCUUUUAUUAUUUUUAAAAUGAUAUAUAGUUAAGGAAAAUAUGAAAUAGAAGGUAUACAAUUUUUUUAUUCUCUCUACUUAAUGUAAUUGAUGAUGAUAAUCAUGUUGGUGAUGAUCAUGAUGAUCAUAACUCCAAAAGUUAAAAGUUUCUUAACAAGUUGCACAUAGAUCAAUUGUUAAAGGUACAUAUUGCAAGGGACAUAUUUAGACAGGCCUACUAAAGAUGUGUUUAGCAGAUUUUGUGGCUCUUGCAAGAUUUGUAUCUGAUUUAGUAAAACCAUUUAGGUUAGGUGAGGGACAACCAAGUGAAGAGUUGCCAGUCAUUGUUUCUGCAUUGUGUAUUUUAGCUUUCAGUAGCUCAGCUCUCCUAGCAAUGUUCCUUUAAAUUUUUAAUAGUCAGUGUGUGCAAAAAUCUUUAUGUUGUGCAAAUUAUUUUCUUGUGACAACAAUGCAUAUACUAGGUAACUAGCACUUUAUGCACACAUUAAUUUUGUAAUGCACUGAUUGCAAAAAUAUAAGAGCAGGCACACAUGUAAUAACUUAGAAGGAAUAAUGCUACCAAGGUUGUAUCAUAUGAGACAUAUUUCACUACUUUAUGCAGUAACAGCACUGUGAAAUUGUUGAUUUUCAUCAGCUUGCAGUGCUAACAUUCUAUAGCAGAGAGAAGUGUAUCUAUUGUAGAUGAGUGUCCUAUUCAAGGACAAAUUGUUUCUCAUCUGUUUAAUGCCACAGAAACUGGAAUUGAACAUUAAACCUAUGCAUUGUUGGGAUUCAGAAGGUUUGUACUUUCUGAGUGAUUUUUUUCCCUUUGGACAAGCUCCACAAGAAAUUUGCUUAAAAUAGAGAAGGUUUAUUGGGACAUCAUCUCAUUCUCUUGCUCAAAUUAUGUAUUUACCUAAAGUAAGUCCUUAAAUUUUUGACAUCGAACCUGAAAAUGAGGUAUGGGGAACAUCUGAGAAUUGAAAAGAAAAGUUUUCAUAAUUUAGUGAAAAAUAAAUUUCCAAGGAGUAGUGAUUUUUUACUAUUUACGAGUAAACAACUGCAUUUGUGUGUGUUAGUUUCAACAAAUGAGUUGCUGGUCAUCUAACAGGCAAUGUCACCUUAAGACAUAGGCACAUUGAGUAAUUGCUCGGUGGUCUGUAUUACAAGUCUAGAGGCCCAAUUCUGAUCUAUGUAUGCUGUGGCUUGCUGUUAAUAAAUAAAUACUAAUGCAGCAAUUUGCAUGGGUACCUGUAGUGCUACUAAAAGGUUGUUAGAAUAUCAUUACUUCAUUUAAAAAAAAUUCUUUGCCUUUGUUAAUUUCAUUAUGAAAAACACAUUCUUUAAUCAUUCAGGAAGGUACUUAGCUCUCUACACUGGUUUAGAUAUAAUGACAAAAUAUUAAGUAUUAAUAAUAAGUUAUAAUUUUUAGAGAUGAAUAUAUCUUUUUUUGAACGAACAAAAGCAUUGAAAUACAAAAUGGCAGAUGACUUCAAAGAUUAUUUGUAAUUUUAUAAAUGACUCUGUUAAAUUAAUUUUAAACAUGGGUUUAUAAGUUUUAAGUUUAAAAUAUUUGUAUUGAACAUUACUAUGGAAUCUGUGAUAAUUCUGUAUUCAGAAGAGUUUCCAUCAAACUAUUUUUCUAUAUUUUUACUAUAUCAUGUACAUUUUAUUUGUAAAUAAUGAAAUAAUGAUGAAAAAUU